AUGUCCCAGUCCCGACCCCACGUCGAUCAUGUGCGUCGAGCGGAAGCAGGGGAGACUGUGCACGAGGCCGUGGCGGAGGGAAACGAGCGAUGGGUGCUGGGUCAAGAUAAACGAGGGGAUGCUGCCGCUGAGGAGGCUCAGACAGAGGAUCAGCAGCGACAAGUAUCUGAGCAGGAAGGGGGGGCACGAGAUGUGCACCAGCGGGCGACUCCUACUGCGGAGGCACCGAAAGGGGAGGCGGGAGAGAGCCCGCUGCCGUUAGCGGCGACGACGUCAACACUGGAGAGGCCACCAAAGGUGACGAGGCAGCUGGACCGGACGACUGCUGCUGGGAUGACUGCUGAGACGUCGGUGGAGGAGGUAGAGGAGGAGGCGGCUGCGGAGAGGGCGCCUGGAGAUGCGGACCGACAAUCUGUCGCUGCAGGGCAGGCGGUGGCCGAGGCGGUCGGCGACGACGAAAGGAACCACCACGGGCCCGCAGAUGAGGGUGGGUACGCCCGCGGGGCGAGCGAUACACCGGCUCACGCGGAUGAUAGGGGGCCCCGGCCCCCUCGCGCGCGAUCAGGGCAGCGGCGGCUCGGAGUAGGACUGGCGCCCGCUCGUCCCGGGCCUCUGGCGGGUUGGGAACACCAGAGUACCCUGCCGCGCGAUCCCGCUGCGGACGUUUUCCCAUCAUCACAGCAGCGCCAAGAGGCUCAGGAGGAGGGGGAGGUGGAGCGACGGGCGGUAAAGCAGGCAGAUGACGAGGCUCACGAGGAGGUAGCGGUGUUGGCGGCAAGCGCCGCGGAUCGGAGAAGGCGUGCAGGAAAGAUCGGAUGA